AUGGCUUCUAAAUUCGAUACAGAGAUCUACCCAGGCAAUAUCAUCAAUAAUCAGCUUGUCCCAACUCCUGAAACGCGGCAUUCCAUCAACCCAGCCACCAGCCAGCCACUCUACGAAGUGCCAAUAGCCAGGGAAGAAGAUCUCGAUACCGCUGUUACCGCAGCGCGCAAAGCAUUCAAGUCAUGGAGCUCAACACCCUUCUCCGAGCGAGCAAGCUUGCUCCUCAAAUACGCAGACACAAUAGAAAGCCACCGCAAUGAUUUGGAACAACUCCUUACCAAGGAGCAAGGCAAGCCACUUUCGCUAUCAAAAAGCGAGAUUGACAUGACAUUGACAUGGCUACGUGCCUUCGCCACCAUGGAGAUCAAGGACGAGAUUCUGCAAGAAGAUGACGAGAAGAUUAUUUACUCAACCCAUCCGCCAAUCGGAGUAUGCGCAGGCAUCGUGCCCUGGAACUGGCCUAUUCUGCUUGGGUUGGGCAAACUAGGUCCGGCGCUGAUUACAGGAAAUACCUUCAUCAUGAAGCCAUCGCCGUACACACCAUACUGCGAUCUCAAGCUCGGCGAGCUGGCGAUGGAAGUCUUCCCACCAGGAGUUGUGCAGGUACUCAGUGGGGACUACCGACUGGGUCCGUGGAUCACUGAACACCCUGGUAUCGACAAGAUCGCUUUCACAGGAUCGAUAGCAACAGGCAAACUAGUUGCAGCAUCGUGUGCGAAGACGCUGAAGCGGUAUGUCUUGGAGCUAGGCGGCAAUGAUGCGGCGAUUGUGUGUGAAGAUGUGGACAUUGAUAAAUGCCUUCCGAAGAUUGCAACGCUAAGCUUCCUCAACUCAGGCCAGAUCUGCAUGUUGACAAAGCGCAUCUACAUUCACGAGAAGAUAUACGAUUCUUUCCGUGACAAGAUGGUUGAAUUCACGAAGAAUAACAUCAAGACCGGCGCUGGCACGGAAGAUGGCGUUGUCGUAGGACCUAUACAGAACAAGAUGCAGUUCCACAAAGUCAAGAACAUGUACGACCAAGUCACAACGCAGCAGUGGACCACCGCCCUAGCAGGCACUGUAACUUCAUCCCCCAACGGCUACUUUAUCACCCCCGCGAUUAUCGACAACCCACCUGAAGACUCUCGUAUCGUCCAAGAAGAGCCUUUUGGCCCUAUCGUCCCUUUACUCAAGUGGAGCGAUGAAGAUGACGUUAUCGACCGGGCGAAUGCGCUGAAAACAGGAUUGGGGGCAUCAGUCUGGAGUAAAGACCUUGCGCGCGCAGAGGGAAUGGCAAGGAGAUUAGAAGCGGGGAGCGUCUGGGUGAACUCGCAUUUCGAUGUUGAUGCCAGAGUACCGUUUGGCGGGUGGAAGGAAAGUGGUAUUGGGAUGGAGUGGGGAAUGGAAGGCUUGAAGAGUUACACCAAUAGCCGGAGUUUGUGGGUCUGGAAGAAGGUUUUUGAGUAA